AGCAGAACUCUACCGGCCGAUAGGAGAUUCAGUAUGAAAUAUCAACGAGAUAUAGAUAAUUCGCAGAAUCCAGAAGAGUUAGGGAUAGAUGAGCGUGAGGAGGGAAUAAAAUGUAUGGAACAGAAGCUCACAAUGCAUAUUGCCAUUGCAGAGGCCUUGUAUGCUGGAGUAUGGGAGGACGCUGUUGCUAUCCUGGAGCUUAUUAGAGCUGGCCAUAGCGUUGAGACGGUAUAUCAUGCAGUUUGCCAACUACCAGGCAAGGUAUCAAACAGAGAGUAGCUGCCUGCUUAAAUCUGUGCUUGCAGCUGCAGCAAAUAUCAAAAUAUGAACUUCGCAAUCCAGCGAGCCGUCGAGUUAGCAGAAGCUAUUCAC